UCCUCUCAUGUUGCCUUUUGUAAUUAAACCGAUAGUAUUUUGGUUUUAAACUGUGUAAGUUUGACUUUUUGCGCUCAGGAUGUUUGUUUUAUGUUUGCACAAUAUGCACUGAUUCGGGUAAUGGAAAUAAUUAUCAAUAUUAAGUAUUGUUGAUGCACUUCUGUUUUCUAAACCGUAGUCGCUUUAUAUAUACAUAUCGUCGACAUGAAGCUUUAAAAGAACUACGUGGCUUUCGUUUGAGGGACAGUCUCUUUAAUGUGCACGAGUUUGCAAUAUUACAUUUUAAUUUUAUAUACAUGUGAUUGUACCAAUUCAUUUGAACUCAAAUAAUACAGGUGCACGAAGGUGAAGAGAAAAUUGCAAAACCUGUUGUUCAAAACCUGUAUGGCUUCUUUUUUGUCUGUGGAAGACCAGAAAGAUGUUUUCAAGCUGACAAAAUCAAUCCUCACUCAUUAAACUGUACGGAAAAAUAUGCACUGAUAGUGAAUGGGAACCGAGGCUGAUAAACAUUUUCUGUUUCAGUGAAGGAAAAGUUAUGCGGGUUUGAAACGAAUAACGACAGAUUAAGAUUUUUAAGUCUCAAAAGGAUAAUUGUGAACGUCGUUUGUCUGUUCUGCUCCUCCUUUGUGUGACAAAACAACAAAUCCUGCUGUUUUCUGCCGCUGUUUCUCGUGUCUGAACUGAUGACGAGAUGAAAAUGGCGGAUCUUUCGAAAUCUAACCCCGGCCUGAAAUAGAUAACUCUCUUUAACAGCAGACAAACAUCCCUGUCUACAAUAACGCGUAUGAAUGCCUUGUAAAUAGAGAUAUUUCCAUGGCAACAGGAUAGACAGGAAAGCAGGCGCGUCGAAUAUCAACAAACUCCGUCUGAUGUGAAACUGACAGACGGUCUUGUUUGGGUUCACUGAAUGAACUGUUGAGUGUGUUUUCAGUAACUUCGUACACGAUGGAUGUGGUUUCACCUGAGCUCAACAGCCUCCUCCCUGAUGAGAUUAUGGAUACGGAAGCCAUCGCGAUGGAAGAGGAGCUCCCCGCCGAGCACCUCGCUGCUCCUCCCCAAUCUGAACCAGAGCCACCGCAGGUUCCUAUGGAGACAGAGCUGCCUGAAAUCGUCAGCUUGUGUCCAGCCACCACGUCUAUGCAGAUUACCUCCACCUCCACCGACGCUCAGUGCAGCACCAGCUCAGGAACUCAGCUCCUCCUCGCCCCCUCCGGCCUUAUAUCCGGCACCACCACCUCUGCCAAAACCACCGGUCCUGCGGUGACUCAGAACCUCCCCAAAAUCUCCAGCGUUACUGUCCCGGCCAACCACCAGCUUAUCAUCAACAAAGUGUCCGGCGCCCCCGCUGCGGUUGGCAAGUCUCCAGGCGCUGCUGUUUGGCAAGUAUCGUAUUUCUCCUCACAGUUCACAAAGAAGCCCGCAGUAUCUACAGCUGGACCGAUGAUUACAAAGCUCAUCAUCACAAAAGCCCUGAACAAUAAAGGACUGUCCAGCCCAGCUUCAGUGGCUCCUGUAGUGACUGGGCGAGUUGUUACCCAGAGUACUCCAGUGACACCUCCACGCAACCUCACCAUUGGUGAGACCGUCAGCACUGUGCCACAGAAUACGUCUGGUAACAGCAAAGUCGCCAUCUCACCUCUCAAGUCUCCCAGCAAGCUGACUGUGGUUUCAAUGGCCAGUCAGUCUCCAAACUCGCCUCAGAAGUCUGUGACGCUGCCGCUCAGCGUGGCUCUGGGCCAGCAGAUCCUCACUGUUCAACAGUCUGCCGCCACCUCUCCAGCUAAAGCUGGAACCUGCCAGUCCACCGCACAGACUGUAAAGCCAGUGCAGACGGUGGGAGGAGUGGGAACAUCCCAGUUUAAGACCAUCAUCCCCCUCACCACACCUCCCAAUGUGCAGCAGAUCCAGGUGCCGGGCAGCCGCUUCCAUUAUGUGCGUCUGGUAACGGCCACCACCGGCAGUAGCACCGCACAGUCGAGCGGCAGCACCAACACCAACCCUUCAAUCCAACCAGCCAAGCCUGUGAUGAUGAACGCUGCAGUACGGAUGUCUGUACCCAUCGUCUCAGCACAGACCAUCAAACAGGUAGUACCCAAACCCUUGACGUCAGCAGCCCAGGUGGUGACCACCAGUCAGACGCCCCAGCGUCUCAUCAUGCCAGCCACACAUCUGCCACAGAUCCAGCCCAACCUCACCAGCCUGCCGCCGGGCACUGUGCUCGCCCCCGCCCAUGGCUCUGGAAACAUGGGCUACGCUGUGUUACCGGCCCCAUACGUUACGCAGAUCCCUCAGCCUGCGUUUGUGACUUUGACCAGCAGCUCCACCUUCUCUACAGCCACCCCUAUACAGACUCAAGCCAGGCUUUCACUUAACGGUUUAUCAGCGUCUGAAGCAGCUUCAAGGCAGAGAAAACCCUGCAACUGCACACGGUCACAGUGUCUGAAGUUGUAUUGCGAUUGCUUUGCCAACGGGGAGUUCUGUAAUAACUGCAACUGUGUUAAUUGCUUCAACAACCUUGAUCAUGAGAGUGAAAGACUGAAGGCCAUCAAGGCAUGUUUAGACAGAAACCCUGUGGCUUUUAAGCCCAAGAUUGGCAAAGGCAAACAAGGGGAGUCAGACAGGAGACACAGCAAAGGCUGCAACUGUAAGAAAUCUGGCUGUCUGAAAAACUACUGCGAGUGUUAUGAGGCAAAGAUCAUGUGUUCGUCCAUGUGCAAGUGCAUGGGCUGCAAGAACUUCGAGGAGAGUCCAGAGAGGAAGACGCUGAUGCACCUGGCAGACGCUGCAGAGGUACGAGUCCAGCAGCAAACCGCAGCCAAAACCAAACUGUCCUCACAGAUCUCAGAUCUGCUCACCAGAACCACACCGGCCAUCACCAGCGGAGGCGGAAAGUUGCCAUACACAUUCGCAACAAAGGAAGUGGCCGAGGCGACGUGUGACUGUCUGCUGGAGCAGGCCGAGCAGGCCGAACUCACCAACCAGCCUCAGGCCGUGGCAGAACGCCUCAUUCUGGAGGAGUUUGGUCGCUGCCUCAGGAGAAUCAUCAGUUUUGCUGGCAAAGCCAAGACGGACUGUCCCAUCAACUGCUAGAGCCCUCCCGCUCGUUUGGGGCCCAGGGUGUUGCUGAACCUAGACUCGGGCUCCACUGAGGGCACUUUUACCGGCCCUCAUAUGGAUUCAUGGGCCUUCUAAUGAUAAGGCACAAACCAGAACUUCCCAUUGGCCUGUGAGGUGUGUUGUGGAGGACGCCCUAUAUUCAGUAGGAGGACUACAGUACUUCAUUGUAGCCCCUGCGCUGGACUUAACACCGUUUGCUUUACCGGAAGGGGUUUAUUUUAGAACGAUUGAUACUAUUUUAAGGUAGUUUGUGUUUUGUUUGGCAAUGUUUUCCACUUUUAAAUCUGUAUAAUCAUGAUAUGUGUUUGUCUUUUAAAACUGGAUUUUCAUAUCGUCAUUCACUGUCGUCUGAAAGCCCUUACUGAUGACCUCGGGAUAGUCGGGAUGAGGAAGGAACUUCCCUGCACAUGUUAUAAUUAGCCGUCUGAUCAUGACUUGUAUACAGUAAGUAGCCUGUACUGUAGCUUCAUUAUAUUGAAUUGCUCGCAGCAGAUUCUGUUCCUUGAGCAGAAUGGGGUUCAGUCUUCAUCGUUCCAUUCAUGUUCAAGCACGCAAGCGUUCAGCCGGGCCGGCCUGAGAGUCGCUGGAUGGGACGAGGGCCGCACGAGAUUGAAGUGGAGCAUGGCGGUACAGGUUUCCUGUACUCCAGAAAUCUAAGAUUAGAUUUGAAUCUUUAAUAUUGAAAAAACAAGCAGCUAAAUAAGCUUUGUAAUCCAGUAGUGAGUCUUAAAGCUUGUUUGAUAGGCUCCUUCAUCUCAGUCCGCAGAUCAGUUGAGAGCCUGCUCGAUGAUUUUAUUUUUUUUCUCCAGGUUUGUUUGUUUGGUUUGGGUUUUAUUUGCAGUUAUUGGUUGAUCAGCUCUGUCAGGGCCUAAUUAAACCAAACCUUUCCAUA